GACCACUAACGGCUCAACUGUGACCUCUGUAAAAGAACUUCAUCCUCAACUAAACACAAAUCCAGUUUCUACAGUAUUUACGACGGUUGCUCUGUGGUCUUUCGGCGUUUUGGAGCAGUUCUUGUGAAAUCUCUAAUGGCUGUGGUUUUGAGUGUUCCUGUUUCUCCGUCACUGCUUUUAUUUGACAGUUCUGCCAACAUGUUGUCUUCAAGAGCAGGAUUGGAUGGCAGCCUUCUCGUUCCCUCUUCAUUGUCUCGUAGAGCUCCAGCUUUCACAGGAACAGGAACUUUUCAAAGCUCACGUUCAACAAAGGUUUCAGCCUUUCCAGCAAAAGGAAGCUUCAGUACCAUAUCAAGGAAACUAUUCUGUACAAUCCCAAGAAACAGCAGUCCCUCAUCAUCUAAUGGCACUGAACAUGACUCAAAGGUAUCUUUCGGAUAUUCAAGGAAGGAUGUACUAUUGAUUGGGCUUGGAGUAACGGUGUUUGGAAUUGGCUUAAAGAGUGGGUUAGAGUUUAUUGGAGUUGAUCCUUUACAAGCAGGAAAUGUUGUUCAGCUGGUAAUGGUGUUGGGGCUAACCAUUGGGUGGAUUUCUACAUACAUUUUUAGAGUCUCAAACAAGGAGAUGACAUAUGCUCAGCAGCUCCGUGAUUAUGAGAACAAAGUCAUGCAGAAACGGUUAGAGGGACUAACAGAAGCAGAGCUUGAGGCAUUGCUGGAGCAAGUUGAGGAAGAAAAACACCAGCUUGCUAGUGGUGAGAAGCUUAACUGAAAUGCCAUGAUCUGAUAUUUCUUUUUCAUAUAUAAGUUGCUCUUGAAGCAGCGGCGAAGUAGAGGAGGAAAUAUAUGGCCUAGCUUAAAUAAGACUGCUCUCUUCUCAUGUGGUAGACGUGGAUAGAAAUGGUUUGAUCUAUAGUACCUCAUACAUCUCAUUUGUCAAUUCCCCAUACAAGCAUAGGAUUUGAAUAAUAAGUGUCUAAAAUGUUUAUAAAGUUUAAAGAAUGUCAUUUUAUAGUAAUGAAAUUUAUUCU